AUGGAUGAAUCUGGGCUCCGAAUCCUCCGAGUUUGGGGAUUCAACGAUGUCAACACUAUUCCAUCUUCGGGGACUGUUUAUUAUCAACUACUCAAAGAUGGAACUGCCACUAUCAACACCGGUGCAGAUGGCCUACAGCGCCUGGAUUAUGUGGUUACCUCCGCCGAGGCACGGAAUGUGAAACUCGUCAUCAAUUUUGUCAACAACUGGUCGGAUUAUGGAGGUAUGGCGGCCUAUGCCACUGCUUUCGGUAGCAGCCAGACAACCUGGUAUACAAAUACUGCAGCUCAAACAGCCUACCGGGCUUACAUCAAAGCUGUUGUUGCCCGGUAUAUCAAUUCGCCUGCCGUCUUUGCAUGGGAGUUGGCCAAUGAGCCCCGCUGCAAUGGCUGUAACACUUCGGUUCUUUACAACUGGAUCCAGUCUACCAGUGCCUAUAUCAAGUCUCUAGACUCGAAGCAUAUGGUUGCCAUUGGCGAUGAAGGCUUCGGACUGGACACUGGGUCUGAUGGCAGCUAUCCCUACAGCUACGGCGAGGGUUUGAACUUUACGAUGAAUCUAGGGAUUGAUACCAUCGACUUUGCUACAUUCCAUCUCUACCCCACAAGCUGGGGAACCACUAACGAUUGGGGCAAUGGAUGGAUCACAUCCCACGGAGCCGCCUGUGCAGCAGCUGGCAAGCCAUGUCUCUUUGAAGAGUACGGUGCUACUUCCAAUCACUGUAGCAUUGAGGCACCAUGGCAGAAGACAGCGUUGAACACCACUGGAAUUGCAGCUGAUCUCUACUGGCAGUAUGGAGACACGCUGAGCUCGGGAAAAUCGGCCGAUGAUGGAAACACCUUCUACUAUGGCACUAGUGACUUUACCUGUCUGGUGACGGACCACGUCGCAGCCAUUGACUCCUAG